GUGACAUGUGAUCAUGGGCAACAAACGCUCAUUAGAAGAUUAAAGAUGGCGGCGCCCAUGUCGGCUUUCAGAAAUUCUUCAUUAAAGUCAAAUAAACAAGAAACAACACCAUUUGAACAAGAACAAGAUGCUAAUUCUGCAUUGUCAGAACUAGAUAGAGGAUUGCGGUCUAUGAAUGUUGGUGUACAAUGUGAAGCUGUGGUAAAAUUUCCAAGACUGUUUGAAAAAUAUCCAUUCCCCAUUCUGAUUAACUCUGCAUUUCUUAGACUGGCUGAUGUCUUUAGAGCUGGAAAUAAUUUUAUACGAUGGUGUAUUCUGCGUGUCACUCAGGAAAGUGAGAAACAUCUGGAUAAGAUCCUCAAUGUAGAUGAAUUUAUGAGAAGGGUAUUCACUGUAUAUCAUAGCAAUGAUCCAAUAGCAAGGGCAAUAACUCUGAGGACCCUGGGUAACAUUUCCUUGAUUAUAGCCGAGCGUAAAAACAUUCACCACAGUAUUACUGUUAGCCUGGAUUCCAAUGACGCUGUUGAGGUGAAGGCGGCCAUAUUUGCAGCACAAAAAUUUUCGGAACAAUCCAGGGUAUUUGCUGCAAACAUAUGUGACAAGAUAUCAGAAAUGAUUCAUAGUGUAGCUACCCCUGUUAAAUUGAAGUUAUCAUUGAUACCAGUUCUUCAGUACAUGCACCAUGAUGUUACUAUGGCAACAAAGGCCAGAAAUGUUUGCUCAGCAUUACUGUCGAGCUAUCCAGCAGAAAUGUUCAUGGUGCAGACACUGAGAACUAUGUCACACCUGGCAAUAUUAUCUCUUAUAGAUGUACCCACACAGAUUGAUUUGUUACUACAACAUCUUCAUGUAGACAGCAGACGUAAUGUGAACAUUGUUUGUCUGCAGGAAUUAAAGAAGCUAGCUGUAAAAACAUCGCACCUGUGGACAUACCAACAAAUACAGGCAGUAUGUGAGUUUAUACAAAAUUCUACAUACAUCGGUCUGAAGACAGGUGCUGUAGAUGUACUAGUCUCACUGUCUAAAGCUGUUACCUUCAAAAUUGUCUUUGCUAAACAAGAUUUCCAUCGCAGCUUACUGGAUGUUUGUAAUCUAUGUUAUGUACAUGACAACCCUGUUCUGAUGUCAAAGUUGACGGAAUUCUACACAAAUAUUGUUAUUUCAUACAGUAAAACAAAAGGGACAGAGUACUGGUGUGGCCAGAAUCUGGUUGAUAAUGUAGUGACGGCUAUACAAACACAUAUUAUGGUGCUUAUAACGGAUACACAAGAUACUAAACCACUUAAGCUAUGUUUACGGUGUGCUGUAGAACUGAGCAAACAUCAACCAAAGGUUGCGGACACAUUUGUUACCUGUAUUGCUAGUCUCUUGUCGGAAUCACAAGGUCAAUCAGAUGCAGCAUUGUGUGAAAGUUUGGCUGCUAUAGGAUCUCUCAACCAAUCAUUACUGCCGAAAUCUGUGGUACCCCAACUACUUGGAGUCUUACAGAAUUCUCUUAAUGCAGGCCUGGAACCACAUCAGAUGCAGGUGUAUUUAUGCACAGUACUGUUUCAAGUGGCAAGUGGUACUGCUAUCCCUGUAGAUGUUGAGGGUUUAAUCUUGUCAUGUACAGAAAGAUCUGAUCCUUGGCUAGCUUACAAGACCGCUAGACAGGCACUGAGAUAUGGUCAGUGUGGAAUAGCAGAAAAGAUAUUCCAGGCUUUGGCUAAAAAAGUAUCAUCAGAACAUUUUUAUUUCUGGCUGAUUGGACUACAUGAGAUAACUCUAGGUGAAAAAUGUCUACAUGUUGACACUGGUAGUGUAAUAGCAAAACUACAACAAGCUCUCUCAUUCUACCAUAAAGGUCUUACUUCAUUAAAGGCUGCUGUGGUGCCAAGCUUCCCUCUACAGUUUCAAUCAGAGUAUAUACAGUUACGAGCCUCCCUCCUUGACGUACACACACAAUUGUUGCGUACAUGUAACACAUUUAAGACAUGUCCCCCUCCUGCCAUCGCAGCAGCACAGGCUGUUGCCAAGGGGCAGGAACUCACUAAAUGUGAACAUACUGUUACACAGCUUGGUAAGACUGCCAGUGAUUAUGAAAAGAUAAGUGAAAGACUGGCUGCCCUAUAUCAACAGUCAUUUGAUGCUGACCCAGCUUCCUUACAAAAUAUACAACAAUUACAAACAAGCUGUGAAUUAAUGAAACUUGCAAUCUCUUCUAUUGUUCAAAAUGGACAUGAUGGUCAAGCAUUGCUGGCAGAUAAAAUGGUGCUUGGUGUAGGGGAGGUUACUGGAGACAAGUUUAAACAGCUUCUUAAUACAGUUCAUACAGAGUUAGCUACCUUACUGCGGACAGAGGGCACUGAAGUCAUUUCACAUAAUCAUGUAGAAUUUCUCAGUGAAGCAGCAUCUAGACUAGCUUUAGCACCAAACUGUUUCCCUCGAUACUUCUUCCAGAGUUUACAGCAGACGGCCCUUAAGUUAGCAAUAUCUCCACAGCAGACAGCCACAGAGCCAGUUCUUGUACAGAAUGAUACAUACCUGACACUCAAGGUUGAAGGUAUAGUUCAACAUGGGACCAAGCCUGGUCUCUUCCGCAAGAUACACAGCAUUAAUAUCAUAGUUACAUCAAAUGUUGUUUCAAGAACACAGACAAAUACUGAUCAAAAGGUUACAGAAUCAAGUGUGAACAAUCUGGAGCAGUCAGUUGAACCACAUAAUGACUACUUCAGCCUCAGUUUUAUACUUCGUUUCCCGCUAGUUGGCAUUCACUCAGUAAGCAUAGAAGCGGCCAUUACUGACACAGAGGGAGCCACAUGGAGAACUGGUCCUAAAGUAAACCUUCAAGUCAAGUCUUACGAUGAUGCUUUACAAAGGCAACAACAGAAACUCCCUCAACGGCCAAGUUACAGUCAGCUGCUGACAUCUUAAUACGACAUACUAUGACAUUAUUUUUUCACAGCCUCAAUUAACCACUUUUUAAAAUGUUGUAAUAUCUGUUCAAAAGGGAAGUUUAUAGUCUGUUUUAAAUUCACAACAUGACAAGCAGUGACUGUGUAUGAUGAAGUUUAUAACUACAAAUGUGGUUGCUAUUGUAAUAUUUAAGGAAUCGUAGUCUUUACGAUGUUAAUAUUUGACUACAAGAUUUAACAGAAGAAAAUCAUUACUCUUUCGAAUGUGAAAAGUGGUUGUUUCUUAUUUAGAUAUACCAUUUUUUAAAGAAAAUACAUGUAUCUAUCUCAAGCUAACUGCUUUGUUUAUUAUAAAUCAAGAUUGAAAUGGAUACCAUCAUGAAUAAAACAAG